GUAUGCGGGAACCGCCGCCGCUGCCGCCGCCUCCUCCUCGGUGCCGCAAUGAUCCCGAUCCCGGUGGUGGUUUGCGUGCUGGGGGGCUGGUGCGUCAUUUACCUGGCGGACACGCUGCUGAGGCCAGUUUCCCAUGAAUCCCCUCCACCCUGGAGUAAAAUCACCCGGAACAAUUUUUAGUCAUCUAGCUCUCUGAAAGCAUCUUAUGAAGAUUGGUUGAUGUCAUAUGGGCUGAGCAUCUCUCCUUUUCAUAUGCGAUGGCAAACUGCUCUAUUCAACCGUCUAUUCUACAGUUGGGGACGAUGGAAACCCAGAUUUCUUUAUCUAUGGUUCAGUAUAGGAAUGGUGUUUGGCAUAGUUGCCAUGUUUGGUUCUGUUGUUCUCCUUGGAAAGACACUGAUGCAGACACUGACGCUGAUGAUAACUGAGGCCCCUGCAGGCCAGAAUGAUCGUAUGUUGCAAGUCGUGGUGCCUGGUGUAAAUCUGCCCAUCAGCCAACUGACGUAUUUCUUCACUGCAAUCCUCAUCAGUGGUGUUAUACAUGAAGUCGGCCACGGGGUGGCAGCUAUUCGAGAACAAGUACGGUUUAAUGGAUUUGGGAUUUUUAUCUUUAUUGUAUAUCCUGGAGCAUUUGUCGACCUUUUUACCACCCACUUGCAACUUAUAUCUCCAGUCCAGCAGUUGAGAAUAUUUUGUGCAGGUGUCUGGCAUAAUUUUGUUCUUGGUGUUGCGAGUCUCAUAGUUCUGUUCCUGCUGCCAGCAAUUCUUUUCCCAUUUUACUACACAGGUGUUGGGGCACUUGUCACUGAGGUCACAGAGGAUUCUCCUGCCAAUGGACCCAGAGGUCUUUUUGUAGGGGACCUUGUAACUAAUCUUCAAGACUGCUCAGUUCGUGGUGUGGAAGACUGGAAUUCCUGCCUAGGAGAGAUCUCGCAGAAGACACAAAUUGGGUACUGCAUAAAUGCAGCAACCCUACAGCAGUUAAGCUUCCCAGCCAGGGUCUACAGAAGACUUGAUGGCACUGUUGAAUGUUGUAGUAACAGCAGCCUCACUGACGUUUGCUUUUCAUACAGCAAUAACUUGGACAGCCACCUGUAUGCCUGUCUGCCAGCACGAAAAGCUAUUGAGGCCAGCCAAGUCUGUCGAACCAACAUGGAUUGCCAGAAGGAUUUUGUUCCAAGUUUGUGUGUGACACCUUCUUUAGAAAAUCAGACGAGACUAAUCAGAGUGAAACAUCCACCCCACGUUGACAUGUUGUUUGUAGGACACCCAAUGCAUCUUCAGUAUACAGUGAGCCUCAGCAGUUUUGUACCACGACAUAACUUUCUAAGCAUUGAUCUGCCUGUGGUGAUAGAGACAAUGUGCAAAUAUCUAAUUUCACUGUCAGGAGCCUUGGCAGUUAUCAAUGCAGUACCCUGCUUUGCACUGGAUGGUCAAUGGAUAUUAAACUCUUUCCUGGAAGCCACUCUUGCUUCACUGAUUGUAGAGAAACAAAACCGAGAGCUUGUUGGCUUUUUAAUCUUGCUUGCUGGCAGUGCACUUUUGGCUGCCAACGUGGCACUGGGACUUUGGUUGGUGACAGCCCGAUAGUAUAUUGGAAACAUUUCUGCAUCUGAUUACUUCCAUGAAUUCUCCAAGUACACACAAAGUAAUGAAAUCCAUUGCCUUGUAAAACUUGCCCUGUCUGAGAUAGGAAUAACUUCCUUAAAAUUCCAUUGGAAGAAAGAUUGGUGAUUGGAGUUGUAUGUUAAUUUAACUGCAAAAUCUUGUGCAGAUAAUGGAAAAGUUUAAAGAGUAAGAACUCUUCUCUUUUAAUAUUGUUUUAAAAGCACUGUGAUCAUUCUGGAGAAAUUACACUGAAACAAUUUUACAAGGAAAAGACUCAGGCUUGGUGAAUUUAGAUUCCAAAAUGAAGGAAUAUAUGUGACAUUGAAGUCUUGUAUACUGUGAGGGGGAAAAACCUACUUGAGCUCUGUUUUGUAAUUUGAAUAAAUAUGAGAUGCUCUGCAUUGGCUCUGCUCAAGCAG